AAUAAUGUGGCAUGCACUCCUCUCUAUAUAUAUAGAACCCUUUCUUCACUUUGAUCUCAUACUAAUAAUUUUUCUUCUUCCUUUCUUCACUUUGUUCUCAUACUAAUAAUUUUUCUUCUUCUUUUCGUUUAACUCUGAAAGAAAUUAUCAAUGGAUGCUAUUGAGCACUCUACCGAUGAGAUUGAAAAAAAGGCUGAUGAAGAAAUUAUUAGCUUUGGAAAAAUAGAAUCUGGGAAUGAAAAUCAGCAUUCACCUGGAAAGAGGAAAAAAUGUGGAGGAUGGGAAUUAGCAAGUCUCUUGCUAGUGAAUCAAGGCCUAGCGACAUUAGCUUUCUUUGGGGUAGGGGUGAACUUGGUGCUGUUCUUAACCAGGGUACUCGACCAAGAUAGCGCCGUAGCGGCCAAUAAUGUUAGUAAAUGGACCGGGACGGUUUACUUAUGCUCGUUGAUCGGAGCGUUCCUCAGCGAUUCGUAUUGGGGUCGUUACUUCACAUGUGCUAUCUUUCAGCUCAUACUCGUACUGGGUUUGGGGCUAUUGUCAUUUGCUUCAUGGUUUUUUCUGAUAAGUCCUACUGGUUGUGGUGAUGGGAUGAAACUUUGCAACACUCCGUCAUCGGUUGGGGUCGUUAUGUUUUACUUAUCGAUAUAUCUUAUAGCGCUCGGGUAUGGUGGGCAUCAACCGACCGUGGCUACGCUCGGAGCGGACCAGUUCGACGAUUCAAACCCGAACGCAGUUAUAUCGAAAGCCGCAUUCUUUAGUUCCUUUUACUUUGCACUUAAUGUAGGCUCUCUAUUUUCAAACACUAUACUGGUUUACUAUGAAGAUUCAGGGAAAUGGACAUUAGGCUUCUUGGUUUCUUUUGGGGCAGCAAUCAUAGCACUAUUGUUGUAUUUAUCGGGGACAUCGAGAUAUAGGUACGUAAAAGCAAGCGGAAACCCGUUGCCACGCGUUGCACAAGUAUUCGUCGCUGCAUAUCGGAAAUGGGGCGUCACACCUGCUACCGUUGAUGCCUUGUACGAAGUCGAAGGAACUGAAUCCGCAAUCAAAGGAAGCCGAAAAAUACUCCAUAGCAACGAUUUUAAGUUCCUCGACAAGGCGGCUACGAUAACCUCGAUGGAUUUGCGUGGACCGAGCAAUCCAUGGAAGCUUUGCACUGUAACUCAAGUCGAAGAAGCUAAAUGCGUCCUAAAAAUGUUACCGAUUUGGCUUUGUACGAUAAUUUACUCCGUCAUUUUCACCCAAAUGGCAUCCCUUUUCGUCGAGCAAGGUGAUGUAAUGGCUUCCAAACUUAAAAACUUCCGUAUCCCGGCUGCAAGCAUGUCGGCUUUCGAUAUUUGCAGCGUUCUCAUUUGGACCGGGGUCUACCGACACGUAGUUGUGCCCGUGUCUCGAUCAUUAACCGGUAACCCCAAAGGAUUAACCGAGCUGCAACGAAUGGGGACCGGACUCAUCAUUGGAAUGAUUGCGAUGGUUGCAGCCGGUGUCACUGAGAUUCAACGGCUCAAAUCCGUGUCUCCCGGUUCGAAAAAAAGUUCAUUGAGCAUAUUUUGGCAAGUUCCACAAUAUGUUUUAGUUGGUGCAUCUGAAGUUUUCAUGUAUGUUGGCCAAUUAGAGUUCUUUAAUGGACAAGCCCCUGAUGGUAUUAAAAGCUUUGGUAGCUCACUUUGCAUGGCAUCAAUGUCACUUGGCAACUAUGUUAGUAGCUUGUUAAUUAACAUAGUUAUGGAGGUCACAACCCGAGAUGGCGGUCCCGGGUGGAUUCCCGACGACCUCAAUGAUGGCCAUAUGGACCGGUUUUACUUCCUUAUCGCCGGUUUAACCGCGGUGGAUUUCAUAAUCUAUGUGUAUUGUGCCAAAUGGUACAAUGGCAUCAACCUUGACACUAGUGAGAACGUAAUUCAAUCGGAAGAACAACGAAAGGAGGUGCUUGCAAGUUUAAUGUCUUAGAAUUUUGGCUUAAAUGCAAAAUAGGCCCUCGAAUUGUAUCACUUUUUCCACUGAGGUACUUAAAAGUUUUUUUUUUUUUUGUUCAAAGGUAGUACAUAAAGUAUUAAUUCAUCUCGUUUUACCUUAAAACACAAUACCAUCUACUAAGAAUGUUCUAUUUGUCAUAUUCUUAUUGGAUGUUGUACAAUUUUAGAGGUAAAAUAAGAUGAAAUUAAUAGUUUGAA